GGCAAUCUAAAAUGUGGCCCGUCGUUCGUUUUCACCUAUUUUCUUCUUCGCUGGUGUGUUUGCCUGCAAAGGGAAGUGUCCUCCAUGGUGUCAUUGUAGGUGUACUGAGGUUGAAUAUUCAGACAACAAAAUGUCUGGUUACACACCAGACGAAAAGCUCCGCGUCGAGCAGAUCGCAAAACUUAGGAGGCAGUGGUUGAAGGAUCAGGAACUCAGCCCGAGGGAGCCCGUUGUACAAGCUAAGCCUCCGGGUGCCGUUGCUAAGUUUUGGGCUAGCUUUCUGGAGCCCAAGAGCCUGUGGAGGCUUUACACCUACAAAGUGUACCGGGGGGGAGUUUUCACAUUAACACGACUGCUGAUACCUGCCUGGCUUGUCCACUACUACGUGAAAUAUCACAUUGCUCAAAGACCAUAUGGCAUUGUGGAACUGAAACCCAAACUGUUUCCAGGAGACACCAUUCUGGAGACGGGCGAAGUUGAAUCCAUAGAUCAUGUCCGCAAUCAAGCUUGCCCUGCAACAGAGCCAGAAGAGUGGCAGAAGAAAAAAUUCGGUAGCGAUGGAGUGCGUUUUAGAUACCGCACAACGGUUACUGGAGUCCAUCGACAGAUGCGUGGAAGAAGCUCUCCACCUCCAGACAACGGAGUUAUGUUCGAAACCUCCACAAAUCUGCCCCUGCAGAGGCAAGAUCGCUACAUUCGGCGGAUGAUGUUGAGGCUGGCGGCGAAAAGGAGAGCUGCAAGUGAAGGCAGGGCAGUGAGUAAUGUCAGGGAGCAAGAGAUGAUAAACUUCAGGAGGGAGCUGUACCGGCGGGGGGUGAGAAUCCGGGGUGUUCGGGACGGCGGCCGCUGCAGAGACACCUCAGCGGAGUUCUAUCGCAGAAAUCCUGCCUGCCUACACAGACUGAUCCCUUGGCUAAAAAGAGAACUGCUUGUGCUAUAUGGGGCCCACGGCUCGUUGGUCAACAUAGUUCAACACAUCAUCAUGUCACGCAUCACACGUUAUGAUAUGGAGGAUGGAGCUAUUCAGGAAGAACUCAGGCCGUUCCUCCAGGGCCGAACCGAGCACUUUCUACAUGAGUUUAUCAGUUUUGCAAAGUCCCCGUUCAAUAUGGAGGCCUAUGACCAGCAUGCUGUCUAUGACUGCCCAGCCCCCUCCUCAAAUGAAGACAGCAGCUCCAACUCCUCUGUAAUUGCUAUCUCAGAGGAUGACGAGAACUCUGUUGAUGUGGACAAUCAGGGAGACUCCACCUCUACACUGAGCCACUCUGUGUGGGAUGAUGAGACACCAGGGCCGUCAUAUUCUACAACAGCAGAACAGAGCAGGGCAGAGCACCUAUCGGUCCUGGACCUGGAGUCCGAUACCAGUUCAGAAGACGAAAGACAGGCGGUAGGGCCGUCCCCACAGCCAAUGAGCCCCCAUAACCAGACAGACCUGACUCAGGAAGAAAAUGAAGAUCGCCCACCUUCUGAAGAUGAUGACUGUGUUAUUGUAGGAUUUGUUAAGCCGACAGUUGAGAGGACUCCUGAGCUGGUUCAGCUCUCCUCGGACUCCGAGUCUUCUAUUGAAGAAACCAAAGAACUUCCCCAACAACCUCAGCACAUUCGUUUGACCAGCUGUAGUCCAGCAGCUUCCCAGAGUGGGACGUCUCACUGUAACUUGGUCAAUUCACCACUUUCUGUCAAGAAAACCGUCGUUAUGUCGUCCAGUCUCCCCAUUAAGAUUGGAAUAAUUGGUGGCUCUGGUCUGGAUGACCCUGAUAUCUUAGAAGGACGAACGGAACGUUAUGUUGACACUCCAUAUGGAAAGCCAUCAGAUGCUCUGAUACUGGGGAAGAUAAAAAAUGUGGAGUGUGUGCUUCUUGCGAGGCACGGGCGACAACACACCAUAAUGCCGACCAAUGUAAACUACCAGGCCAACAUCUGGGCUCUCAGAGAAGAAGGCUGCACACAUCUGCUGGUAACCACAGCCUGUGGUUCACUCCGGGAGGAGAUCCAGCCAGGAGAUAUAGUCAUCAUAGAUCAGUUCAUUGACAGGACCACCAAGAGACCUCAAACCCUGUUUGAUGGGCAGGCCACGAGUCCGUCAGGUGUGUGCCACAUCCCCAUGGCAGAGCCUUUCUGCAACCGAACCAGAGAGGUUCUGGUGGAGGUGGCCCGGAGUCUGGGGAUCAAGUGCCACGUUCGGGGGACCAUGCUGAGUAUCGAGGGUCCUCGCUUUUCCUCACGAGCCGAGAGCCUCAUGUUCCGCCAGUGGGGCGCCGAUGUCAUCAAUAUGACCACCGUGCCAGAGGUGGUCCUCGCCAAAGAGGCCGGCCUGUGCUAUGCCAGCAUCGCCAUGGCAACCGACUAUGACUGUUGGAAGGAGCACGAAGAAGCGGUCUGUGUUGACAACGUGUUGAAGACAAUGAAAGAAAAUGCAAACAAAGCAAGCAGCAUCCUGUUAACGGCCAUACCCCAGAUCAGUCAGAUGGACUGGGCUCAGACAAUCAAGACCUUGAAAUCGAUGGCACAAUCUUCUGUAAUGCUACCAAAACACUGAGACUGAGACAACAAUGGAGAAGAAAGGGAUAGAAAUUCCAGACACCAUCUGCACCGAGCCCAGCACAGACAGCAGACUCCACUCUGGCUUCAUCAUCGGUGAAUCACAAGAAAGUGCCUCACAUAAAUAACGCACGUUCUGUGUGCUCAGCUGGAGUUUUCAGUGUUUUGUUUUUAUUCCAAAUCCACACGCCCCGCUUCUAACGUUUCACAGGUCACAAUGUUUCAUUUGGACACGUUUUUUUUAAUAAGAUAAUUAAAUAAUGAACCUCUCUCAAUUUCUUGUGGAUCCAUGUAUUUUGAGCACUCCUUUUGUUGUCCGUAAACCACCAGAAAUGUCAUGUCUGUUCAUAAAAUGGUGGAAGUUCAGAACAUUAAUACUUAAAUGCUGCCUUUGUUGCAACAUGCUACUUUCAGACUUAAAUCUGGUGUGUUGAGCAUGUUUUUGGACCUCUUAGCAGUUAAGUCUUUAAAUGCCUACUUACUCUUCACUGGGGAAAUUGUAAAGCUGUCAAAUAUUCUCCACUUUCUGGGGUUCGUUUUUCUAUUUGGUGACAAGCCUUUAUGUGCUCUCCACAGCUGUUACAUGUUUCCUGAUCAAAACAUUUCAUAAAGGAUAGAGCUGCUGCAAUUUAAUGGUAAAUACUUUUCUAGUUAUCACUUAAUUCACAGUAUCAGUGUUUUGUGUACUUUUGAAAAAUGUGUAUUCUGUGUGUAUUCACUGACAAACAUUGGCCAAGUGCACUUGAGGUAUUUGAUGUACUGUUGGUGUUGGUCAUCAUAUAAAGAAACUGGCCGUUUUGCAAGCAUGCCGCACCCUUCGCUCAUUAGUAGUUUCUCUUUGAACAAGCUGAACUGGAACCUCACAGAACCGCAGGCUCCACAUGAUAUUUAAGCUGCUCCUAUUUCAUCUGAUCUACGAAUAUCUUAUCUCACUGUCACUUAUUUCAUUGUUCAAGCUUUAUAUGGCUACAAUAAAUGGUUUUGACAGAGUGAAAGAAUUGAAGUUAAAAUCCAUGCAUGAUUAUUUAUCAUUUAUUUUGCAUUCAUGUAAACAAAGUUUUGCCAAAUUCUAUUGGCAGCAGUGAAUCAGCACAAAUUUAAAUGAUUUCAGUGGAGAUUUUACAUUGUCGAUUUCCUCCAGAGUAGCAAAACUAAACUGAUCACAAUCCUGUUAAGCAUACCAUGGUUGGACGGUGAUUAAAGAGGCGGUUUUCCAAUCUUUUUUUUUUUUUUUGCUUUUGUAAAUACAUUUCGCUAAAUGUUAAAUAUUUAAUUUAACUUCAUUCACCGUACUUUAAUAUGGCCUCGAUUGUAUCACUGAAAACCAUUAAUUGGGCAAGUUGUAAUUUUAGGAACUGCGUUUAGACCCCUGAACCCACCGUAAUUAGACCAGUUAAAAAUAUCAUCCUCUUUUUUUAAGGUCACAUGCAUUUCUUUCAUUAGACAGAGUCGAUCCUUUAAAAGUUAUUUAAGAGUCCCAGAAGGGAUUCGGUUGAAACUUAAAUCCUUCUUGUUUUAUUUCGUUGAAUUCGGACAAUAAUUCGAACAUCGCUUUUAUAAUCCAUCCAACCAUUAUCGUAACCGCUUAU